AUGAGCACGUCUAACAAUGAGAAACAAGCUCGUCUUGUCCUCGUCUCGGAUGACGACGACGACGAGACGCAGCAACACGACGAAGAACCGGCCACACUUGAUGAUCUACUGGCCCAGCUCCCAGACGAUACAGAGGAAAUUGAUCUCGCGAGAUCAAGGCUCGCCUCUUGUAGCCACCUGGGCAUCCCCCGCUUUGCAAACCAUCUCCGUUCAAUCUGUCUGCGCGCAAACUUUCUCACAGACCUCGAAUCAGACGUAUUCGGACCCCUAGUUCACCUAGAAGAGGCAGACUUUUACGACAAUCGCCUGAAACAGUUGGGAAAUGCGUUGGAUGGCAAAGCUUCGCUACGCAUCCUCGAUCUCUCCUUCAAUCUCUUACGCGCUGUGCCUCCAGAGCUUGUGAAUAUCCCGGCGCUUCAGACGAUUUAUUUCGUGCAGAACAAGAUUACACGCAUCGAACAUUUCCAUCAUCUCGGCGCUACUCUCCGCAGUCUAGAGCUUGGAUCGAACAGGAUACGCGUCAUUGAAAACCUCGACGCGCUCGUGAACCUGGAGGAACUCUGGCUCGGCAAGAACAAGAUCACCAAGCUAGAGAACCUAGACAAACUGGUCAAACUCCGGUUGCUCUCCAUUCAAUCGAAUCGGAUCACGCGCAUCGAAGGUUUGGAGAAGCUUGUCAAUUUGGAAGAGCUAUACAUGAGCCACAAUGGACUUGAGAAGAUUGAAGGUCUUGAGAACAAUGUAAAACUCACGACCCUGGACGUGGGUAACAAUAUGAUCACUGCCGUCGAAAACGUCUCCCACCUCUCCGACCUCCAGGAAUUCUGGGCGAGCUACAACCAAAUAGCCGACAUUAAGACGAUCGACAAGGAAUUAGGCGGCCUGGCCAAGCUCGAAACCGUCUACCUCGAGGGCAACCCAGCCCAAAGGACGGAUAUGGCAAACUACCGACGCAGGCUCAUAAUCGCGCUCCCGCAACUCAAACAAAUCGACGCAACCCUCGUCAAAGUCUAG